AGAAAAAAAAGCUCUGUUGAAUCGUCCGCGCCCUUUACGCGGCUUUUCCACUUUCGUUCCGUUUUCCUUUCCCUAGUAACCAAAAGAGAGAAAUAAAAUAAAGCUAGAGAAAAUCCUGAUCCCUAAAGUCAAAUCAUCCUCAGCAGACAAACAAAGAAUCUAGCCAUGGGUAACACCGAGAAGCUCUUGAACCAGAUCAUGGAACUCAAAUUCACAUCCAAAUCGCUGCAACGCCAGGUGAGGAAGUGCGAGAAGGAAGAGAAAUCUGAGAAAUUGAAGGUAAAGAAGGCGAUAGAAAAAGGUAACAUGGAUGGAGCUCGAAUCUACGCUGAGAACGCCAUUCGCAAACGCACUGAGCAGAUGAACUACCUGCGGCUCUCGUCGCGGCUCGAUGCCGUUGUUGCCAGGCUCGAUACCCAGGCUAAGAUGAACACCGUUAAUAAGUCCAUGGCUAAUAUCGUUAAGUCUCUUGAAUCUUCCUUGAGCACAGGCAAUUUGCAGAAGAUGUCUGAGACAAUGGAUCAAUUCGAGAAGCAAUUUGUGAAUAUGGAGGUCCAGGCAGAAUUUAUGGAGAGUGCUAUGGCUGGUUCUACUUCAUUGUCAACACCGGAAGGUGACGUCAACAGCUUGAUGCAACAGGUUGCUGAUGAUUAUGGGUUGGAGGUAUCUGUCGGGUUGCCGCAACCAGGUGCUCAUGCUGUUUCAACCAAGACAGAGGAGAAGGUUGAUGAGGAUGAUUUGUCGAGGCGACUUGCUGAGCUUAAGGCUAGAGCUGUCCAAAAUAUCCCCUGAAUCCCUGAAAUAAUUUGGUAUGUGGGAUGAUCGAAUCUCCUUGCAUGCAUUGCUAGAGGUUUACUGGUUUGGUGCUGGUCUUUUGGGUCAUGGUGUUCAAUAGUUGAAGGCAUUUAUGCUUGUGAGGGUUGAUAAGCAAUUCAAUAUUUUCUUGCACAUCAAGUCAAUGAAUUGGGCUAAUGCUGAUGAAUGUAAGCAUGCAUUUUUUUGGAUGACCACUAUUUUCUGCU